AUGGGAGAAGAGAAGGAGAAGCAGAAGCUGGCGCUUGUGUUAGCUGCGAAGUCAAGAUCAUUUUUAUACACAUCAUCACCUGCUACUCCAUGUGUGUUUGCCUCUCCGAUUCACACUCUUGCCUCUGUUCCGUUUUGCUGGGAACUGCAACCUGGAAAGCCCAAGAACCCUCUUCUUCCUUUUUCUUACCCAAAAUGUCUUGAAUUGCCACCGCGCUUGCUCCUUCCCGGAGAGUUUACCCAAAUGCCCUUGCCUGAGAGGAAGUAUGGGCUCUUUGAGUUCUUGAAGAGGAAAGGGAGAGCAGAGGUCGUUUUCAGGGGUAGUUAUGUCUUUAUGCCGGAAAAGGAGAGAGCAGGUGAGAUCAACAAUAACAUGAAGAUCAUGAAGUUUAACAGAUCAGGGAGUUUCCAUGGUGGUGGUGGGUCUGUAAAAGGAUCUCACUUUUGGGCAAGUUUAUGUAAGGGGUUGAAGCAAGCAAUGCCAUGGAAGAACAAGAAGCUGAGAAGCAAAAGUCUUUGA